AUGCCUCAAGACGUCAAAACACUCCUAACCUUGCUACGCACGCCCCGCGUCAACACACUGACUGAACUCCGACGCAUCGAGCGCAACCUCAUCCCAGCCAAGAUCAAUCCGAGCCUCGACAACAACAGCACGAUCCCCAACGAAAUCGUCGAGCCGCUGGCAUCGGCUUGGCUAAACUACGUCUACAGCAACAACCUUCUCAGCGAACUGCGCAAUCUGACACGCUCGUGCAUGUUCAGCUCCGAGCUACUCGACGAGGCCAAGAUGCUCGUCACGGCAGAUCCAGACAGUGGCCAGAGCUGGAAUUUUGCGUGGUUGGUGCUGAACAAGAUUGAAAACGAAGAGUUAAUCGACAAGCACGCGCGAGACCUAUCCACCAAUCCAGAUAUGUGGGGAGGUCGCUCUCCUGCGGCCGACGAAGCCAAGAUGCUCGAAGACAAAUGCAAACAAGAAUGGACAUGGGCUGUUCGCCAGAUGCUGCGGAACUGGGAGACUGCAUAG